AUGUCUUCAAUCACGCUCGGACAGACGCUCAGCUCCGUCACCGUGCGUGGUGCGGCUCGAAUCGAUGCCAUUUCGGCGCAGGCGGCGAAGCCUUCUGGCUCCAAUUGGGACCACGGAGGUUCGGGCGGGAAGGAGUACGUCCUCACGCUCGGCAGCGGCGAGUACAUCAACUCGAUGGAGAUCCAUUGGGCCAAGAAGGGGACGCACACGCGCGUGUUUUACCUCAAGUUCGUCUCGAACAAGGGCAACUCCGUGUCGGCAGGAACCAAGACAGCUAACAGCGCAACGGUGAAGGCCCCUAAAGGGUUUCAAUUGGGGGGAUUCUACGGACGUGCAGCGUCUGCAGUGGAUCAACUCGGUGCGAUCUGGACGAGAAGGGGAGCGAAACCCGCUCUGCUCACGGAUCGGAUGGGGACUGGCUGGUACGGCAAGAGGAUCCGAAACUGGGUGGGCCCCACCAUCGGCUCGAACAGCGACACGGCCUGCUACCGACAAACGGAGCCUUAUAACAGCAGCAAACUGUGCCCCGCAGGCUACACCCCUCUUGGCGAUAGCUGCAUCGCUCAAUGUCCGUUGGCGUACCCCGUCAAGUGCUACCUCGAGUGCAUUCCACAGAAUGACGACUGCGCUCUGGAGAUCAUACAAAAGAGCGUGGCGGUGGUGGCCGCAGUGUUUAACGUGGCGACGGCAGGGAUCUUCGGCGCCAUCUUCUCCACGUACAAGCAUGCCAGGCGGUACUUCUUCUGUGGCGCGAACGUCGUCGGAGUGAUCAGGUCUCUCGUUUACUACAUCAGAUUCCAGCAAACCACGGCACCGCAAGGAGCAGUGGAAGAGAUUCUGGCUGUGGCGUAUCAGUCGGAUGUCGUCGCUGUGGACUUGCCCGUUGCAAUCUGCCACUGUCUUGGAAUUCAUGUUCCGCCCACUCUGCAGUUCACCGGUAUCGUGAUGAUGAUCGUGGAGAAUAUCGUGAAGCAAGUGAUCAUCAACGGCGACGAAAUCCUCUCGUCAGGUCAGAACGUGUACAAACUCCUGAGCAACGUGAGCGCGGUCAAUUCUUCCCAUACAAGUGUGGACGAGUUGCAGGAUCUCAUGGACACCAAGUCGACGUGUGGCUACCAACUCAAGCGCCUUACGGACCAUGUCAUCCUCUCCGUCAACAAUAUCCGCAACACGACCCCACGAGCCAAGAUCGACGACAUCCGAGUGCAGAUCAGCAACUCGCGCCUCGUUCAGAAGGAUAUCCCCGCAGCUACCAACAAUUGUAUGAACGAGCUGCUUUCCUAUAAGACCAAGCAGGCCGCGUUCGAGACGAGAGAUUUGCUUCGGAAGACGUUUGGAGUCAUCAUCGAGCAGCUCAUCACCACGGCAACAACCAACAUGGGCAAGUUUGUCGCGAUGGAGCAGUACUUUAUUGAGGUGUCGAACCUGGGAUUAACCAUGCUAGCCGGUCUGGAUCCGACUCGGAUCAUUUGGUUGGCCUCGCAAUUCAUCCAGCCGACUUGCGGCCCCACUUCUUUUAUCGGGGAGAUCGACGAUGGGUCGUUGUACGACGCGUUGGGUCUCAAAACUGUGGACGAGGCGUUCGUAGGCAGCUACGGCGCGUGGAAGAAGAAAGGGGACGGGAUGGUUAACAUCAUUUUCAAGAGUAUCGACACGAAGGACGUGACAGUUCUCAUUCACUCGGGCGGCGACAAGAUCGCCGAGGUUGACGUGAAUGCAGGCAAGACGGUGGCAUGGAACUCCACCGUCGCCAAACUGCAGGACAACGUGCUGUAUCUGGAUCGGUGGAGGCCGAAUAUUAUCGGGUUGAAAGGCUCGGGUGGUGGUUCGCUCAAGUUGUGGGUGCCCAGAUCCUCCAAGGGCGGCCACUUGACGAUGCACGUGAUGAUUAAUGUAAGUUAG